AUGCCAUCCUCCGGCAGACCAGGCGGACGGCCCACGGGCGGGACGGGCCCCCAGCGCCCCCGGGCAGGCCCGGGGGUUGUGUUCGCCGCCUUCACCUCAGAUGACAAUGUCAUCUCCCCGUGCGUUAGAGUGGUCGUGGUGUCCCUGUGGAGGCGUUUCCCUUUGGAGGCUGAGUUUGCCAAGUCUGUUUUCCGAUCUGUUUUCCAGCGUACCCGGACUCUGCUGAAGGAGUACAAGGAGAGGGACAAGUCCAACGUGUUUAUAGAUAAGCGCCUCGGGGAGUACGACAGCCGCAUCAGUGCCGAGGAGAAGAUGAUGCAGAGGUUUGCCCUGGAGCAGCAGCGACAACACGAAAAAAGAAACAUCUACAACCUGAACGAAGACGAAGAGUUAACUCAUUACGGCCAGUCCUUGGCGGACAUCGAAAAACACAACGACAUUGUCGACAGUGACAGCGACACGGAGGGGCGAGGAACGCUGUCUGCCGAACUGACAGAGGCCCAUUUCGGAGGCGGGGGGCUCCUUCAGAAGACCUCACAGCAGCCAGGCCAGGACGAGGAGAGGCCCAGAUCCCGCAAAGAACUGAUUGAGGAGCUCAUUGCGAAGUCGAAACAGGAGAAGCGGGAGAGACAGGCUCAGCGGGAAGAUGCCCUGGAGCUCACGGAGAAGCUAGACCGAGACUGGCGAGAAAUCCAGAGCCUCCUGACACGCAAGGCACCCAAGUCACAGAACAGAGACCAGAAGGAGAAACCCCAGCCUGACGCCUACGACAGGGUGGUGCGCGAGCUGGGCUUUGAGAUGAAGGCGCAGCCCUCUAACAGGUUGAAAACAGAGGAGGAGCUGGCAAAGGAAGAGCAGGAGCGGCUCCAGCGCCUGGAGGCUGAGAGGGUCCGGAGGAUGCUGGGGAAGGGCGAGGGCACCAGGAAACCCACACACGUGUCCGCAGACGACUUGCAUGACGGCUUCGUGCUGGACAGGGAUGACCGGCGUCUGCUCGCCUACAAGGACGGAAAGAUGAAUGUCCAGGAAGAGCAGAGUGGGGAAGCCAGUGACAGUGGAAACACAGACGAGGACUCGAGCGAGGGGGGCGCAGAGGACAGCGGCGGCUCGGACAGCCUCUGGGACCUGGAACGUGAUGUGCAGAGCGGGGAGGAAAGCGAGCGGCCAGAGCAGGAGCCGCGGCCGACUCCAGGGGAAAGGGCAACAGGCCGUGGUCAGGAAGCUCGAGAAGCUGCCAGAACUGAGCUGCCCUAUAUGUUUGCAGCUCCCGAGUCCUCUGAGGAACUGAAGUCCUUGCUGUCAGGAAAGUCAAUGGAGGAGCAGCUGUUGGUGGUGGAGAGAAUUCAGAAAUGCCACCAUCCCAGUCUCGCCGUGGGAAACAAGGCAAAAUUAGAAAAACUGUUCGGCUUCCUUUUGGAAUACGUUGGGGACCUGGCCAUGGACGACCCACCAGACCUCAGAGUGAUUGAUAAGCUGGUUGUGCAGCUGUACGACCUCUGCCAGAUGUUUCCCGGAUCUGCCGGCGAGUCCGUGAAGUUUGUGCUCCGUGAUGCCAUGCACGAGAUGGAGGGGACCAUCGAGGCCAAGGGCCGGGCCGCGUUUCCGGGGCUGGAUGUGCUCAUUUACUUGAAAAUUGCUGGGAUGCUGUUUCCAACCUCAGACUUCUGGCACCCCGUGGUGACUCCCGCUCUGGUGUGUAUGAGCCAGCUGCUCACAAAGUGCCCCGUCCUGUCCCUCUCAGACGUGGUGAAGGGCCUUUUUGUGUGCUGUGUGUUCCUGGACUACGUGUCUCUGUCUCAGAGGUUCAUCCCUGAGCUGAUUAAUUUCCUCCUCGGGAUCCUGUACAUAGCAGCUCCAAACAAGCCCAGCCAAGGUUACACUCUGGUGCACCCUUUCAGACCGCUGGGGAGGAACUCGGAGUUGCUCUUGGUGUCUGAUGAAGGGGAUGCGGCCACGUGGCAGAAGAGAAGCCUGUCCCUCCACUGGGCGAGUGCACGGAGAGCCCAGACUGAGACCGAGGCCAACCACACCAGGCUGUCCUGCCUGGCCGUGUGUCUGGCCCUGGUGAAGCGCUGUGUACUCAUGUACGGUGCCCUGCCCGCCUUCCACGACAUCAUGAGGCCCCUCCGAGCCCUCCUGAUGCAGCACCUGGCCGACCACAGCCACCCCCAUGAUCUGCAGGAGCUGUGUCGGAGCACCCUGACCGACAUGGAGGCCCAGGAGAAGCACUACCAGCCCCUGAUCUGCGAGAAGAGCAAGCCGGUGCCACUGAAGCUGUUCACCCCCCGGCUGGUCAAAGUGCUGGAGUUCGGCAGGAAGCAGGGCAGCAGCAAAGAGGAGCAGGCGCGAAGGCAGCUGGUCCACAAGCACAGGCGCGAGUUUAAGGGCGCCGUGCGGGAGAUCCGCAAGGACAGCCAGUUCCUGGCCCGCGUGCAGCUCUCGGAGAUCAUGGAACGGGACCGGGAGAGGAAGCGCCGAGUGAAGCAGCUGUUCAGCAGCCUGGCGGAGCAGGAGGGCGAGUGGAAGGCUCUGAAGAGGAAAAAGCUUAAAAAAUAAACGUUGAGGCAGGGAGACCCCGUGUCCACAGUAAGAUGCAA